CGCGCCGGAAAUAGGCUUCACUUCUCGGCGCCGGUCUCGGGCAUGGCGGGGUUCGCUGAGCUCGGGCUCUCAUCGUGGCUCGUGGAACAAUGUCGGCAGCUGGGGCUGAAGCAGCCCACGCCGGUGCAGCUCGGUUGCAUCCCAGCCAUUCUGCAGGGUCGGGAUUGUUUGGGCUGUGCAAAGACAGGAAGUGGCAAGACAGCUGCCUUUGUACUUCCCAUCCUGCAGAAGCUGUCUGAGGACCCAUACGGCAUCUUCUGCCUGGUCCUGACACCCACCAGGGAGCUGGCCUACCAGAUUGCUGAGCAGUUCCGGGUGCUGGGAAAGCCCCUGGGCCUGAAGGACUGCAUUAUCGUUGGCGGCAUGGACAUGGUGGCACAGGCACUGGAGCUCUCUCGGAAGCCACACGUAGUGAUCGCCACUCCUGGGCGCCUGGCUGACCACCUGCGCAGCUCCAACACUUUGAACAUGAAAAAGAUCCGAUUCCUGGUGAUGGAUGAGGCCGACCGAUUGCUGGAGCAAGGUUGCACCGAUUUCACUGCAGACCUGGAGACCAUCCUGGCAGCCAUUCCAGUGCGCAGGCAGACGCUGCUGUUCAGUGCCACGCUGACCGACACACUCAAAGAGCUGCAGGGCCUGGCCACCAACCAGCCCUUCUUCUGGGAGGCUCAGGCCCCGGUUCGGACAGUGGAGCAGCUUGACCAGCGCUACCUGCUGGUGCCGGAGAAGGUGAAGGAUGCCUACCUGGUGCACUUGGUCCAGACCUUCCAAAACCAGCUGGAGGACUGCUCCAUCAUCAUCUUCACCAACACCUGCAAGACCUGUCAAGUCCUUUGUAUGAUGCUGCGGAAGUUGAGCUUCCCCACGGUGGCACUGCACUCCAUGAUGAAGCAGAAAGAGCGCUUUGCAGCCCUGGCCAAGUUCAAGUCCAGUGUGUACCGGAUUCUUAUUGCCACUGAUGUGGCCUCAAGGGGCCUGGACAUCCCCACUGUGCAAGUUGUCAUCAACCACAACACCCCCGGGCUCCCCAAGAUCUACAUCCACCGAGUUGGUCGAACAGCCCGUGCAGGGCGGCAGGGACAGGCCAUCACACUGGUGACACAGUAUGACAUCCACCUUUUGCAUGCUGUCGAGGAGCAGAUCAAGAAACAGCUGGAGGAACUGGUGGUGGAGGAGGCCGAGGUCCUGAACAUCCUCACGCAGGUCAACGUGGUUCGCAGAGAGUGCGAGAUCAAACUGGAGGCUUCCCAUUUUGAUGAAAAGAAGGAGAUCAACAAGCGGAAGCAGCUGAUCCUGGAGGGGAAGGACCCCGACCUGGAGGCCAAGCGCAAGGCGGAGCUGGCCAAGAUCAAGCAACAGAACAAGCGCUUCAAGGAGAAGGUGGGGCAGACCCUUCGUCGACAGAAACUGGGGAGUGCGGGCCAGGGGGCUCGUCCUCCCAGACCUCGGCCUCCAGCACAGACCCAGGCCGAGGCGCAGACCUGAGUGUGAACCUGUUGCUGCUAGUCCCCUGGGUGGGCUGCAGAGGAUCUUAGUAAACACUCUGAACAUGUCAGUCCGACUUGAGAAUGGGGCGGGAUGGGUGCAGGGCUGCGGGUCUCUGGUUAUCAGAGCCUCUCUCUGUUGCCCUGUGGGGAUGACUGCUGUGGCCCUUCCUCACAUCCCUGGGGUGCAGGGCAGCAGCGGCCAGCAACAGGUGCCAGCAAUAUCAUGUGCUUGUACAGCCACGUAGAAGUGUAAUCUGGGUAUCAGCGCCACCCAUGGAUUCUAGAAAACUCUACACAGUGCAAAGCUCAGAGGCAGAGGUGGUCCCCAGCCAGGGCACCUGGGAUGCCACAGACCCACCUGGGCCAACUAUGGUGCGGCCUCUGCCAGGCGUGCCAGGCCCUCACGCAACUCACUCAGCUCGAACAGCCGCACAUCCAGCAGCUGCGCGGCCCUGCCCACUUCCACCCGUGCACGCUCCCGCUCGGCCCGCGCCUCCUCCAGGCUGCAUUCCAUGGUUCGCAGCUGCUGCUCCAACUCCGCAUUCCGAGUCUCCAGAUCCUACAGGGGGAAAAAGGGAUGCGGGGUGAGAUAACCUGUGGAGCUUCUGGUUGCCUGCCCUGCUGUGUGGCCCCCACAGGCUGGAAGAUGACAACAGUAAAGUCUGAAAAGUGUGAGGUGACCAACAGCCACAUAGAAAGCUGAGCAGAGUGGUUGGCAAGCACUUGUGAUCCCAGCACUCGGGAGACUGGCUGGCCUAAGCCUUACCCAGCCCAGCUCAGUAACAACACCCUGUGUCUAAAAGCAACAUGAAGGGCUGUUUGGUUCAGUGUUUCAGAGUAUGAACUUCUGGGGACCUUCCUAGCACGCAUGGGAAGCCACUGAACCACACAUAACUCUCUGGCCUCUAAGGGAAUCUUCAGAGUAUACAAACCCAUACAUAGAACUAAAUCUUAAAACCAGAUACACCUGGGCGGAACAUGGUGGGGCACACCUUUAAUCCCAGGUGGAUCUCUGAGAGAAACACAGUAUCAAAGACAAAAAGACCCAAGAUGAAGGUUUCAUCCCCGGUACCCACGUGGUGGAAGCAGAGAACUGACCUCAUGACCUCAGGAAAAAUACCAAAGACAUAGAAACAUUUUUAACAAAAUGAGUAGUUUAUAAUUAAAGAAAUAAUAAAGUGCUGAAUUCCA